CCCGACUAAUAAUAUUCCCGAGCAAUCGCAUAACCAUCUGGCCGCAUUCUUCUUAUUUCCAUCAACCAAAUUACCAAAUUACCAAAUUUCCCUCCUUGUGCAUUGAAAGACCCGGCAACGACCCAAAAAGAUCAUCAUAAUACGACACGGAGAUAUUUUAUACUGUAAGCCAAGAUAUACGACGUACCAAACAAAUAACAGGGGAAAGCGGAUCUAUCCCAAUCAAUCAAUUUAUUCCUAAAAUGGAUCAAAGAACCAUUCCGCUGCCAAUUGGACCUCUCUCGCCUGCACUUGUAUAUAAUGCGACCAUCUCAUGUCCUCCAGCCAAUUCCCCGACUGUCUCGAAUUCAACCUUCAAUGCAUCUCCAGUAACAAGUCCAGCAACAGCUUCAAUCAAGACAGAAGAGGGAAUCGCAUCGGCGGAACCUCCAAAGAAGAGACAAAAGCGUAAUAAACCUACAUUAUCAUGUGUCGAGUGUGUAGAACGCAAGACAAAGGUUAGUUGGUUUGUGUAAUACCUUUCACAACUCAUGCAUCUCGAUUUACUUCAUUUCAUCGUCAUCGUAUACAAAAGGUUUCCAGCAAAGUUGCUUUUACUCUCCGUUACACUGUCUCUCGUGGUUCUAGUCAAAGUCGGAGAUACAUCAUGAUUCCUCCUCUAAGCUAUUAUAAGCACUUUUAAUUGAUCAUGCAUUUAUGAAGUACGUACAUCGGAGAAUAAGGGCGAGAAUGAAAUAUUCCCCGUUGUACUGGUACUGAUGUAACCUCAUUCUUCUACAUAAGCAUGCCUCUCUCCCUUCUUCUUUACGUGCCCAUGCUAUCACUUUCCUUCUUCUAAAAAUGUAUACAACCAUCUAUCAAUCCUUCAGUCUAGCCAUCCUUCUCUACGAAUCAGUACUAAUUUACGUUUAGUGCGACCGAGGUCGACCACAUUGCCUUGCAUGUAAGUAUAAGCAACGUUUGGGUUACAUGUUUAUGUUGACCUGGGCUAUAGGUAUCAAAAGGCAAUCGAAUUGCGAAUAUCUCCCAGCAGCAAAUAUCCUUGAGUUAGUAUUAAAAUCCAAAACUUCCUGAAUGGCAACUGACAUCAUCUUUAGGGAAACAAAUAGAUCUACCGCAAAUGCUCGACGUAUGACCAAACCACCAAAAAAGUUAAGUUUUGGGGCGAGCAAUAUUGUCGAAAGGCCAAGACAAGCACCAGAUCCUGACGAAAGGAGUACAUCUAGAGGCUCUGUUGCAUCCUCAACUGGUUUGCUUUCUAAUGUACCCUAUUCACACCCUAAAGCCUCGAAUGUCUUCGGCAUUGGCUCUGAGCAUCCAUUUGCAAAUUAUUGGACAUGUCAAGGUGGACUUCCAGAAGUGAUUUCAGUCUUACCAGCCAAGGAGCAAGCAGAUAUCUUGAUGGAAAGAUACUUUGAAUGUGUCGAUCCGGUUUAUCCCAUGCUUCAUAGACAAACCUUUUAUGCAGAUUAUGAGCAUUUCUGGGCAUUACCAGCGUCUGAAAGAAAUAGGACAGAUGCUGCUUUAGUUGCCAUGAUAUUCUCCAUGAUGGCUUUAGGAACUCAAUUCGUCAACAAUUCUCCACCAAAAGAACGACAACAAACUGCCGAAUUUUAUGUUUCUGCGGCUCACCAGUCACUUCGCAUGGGUUCAUAUCUCAACAAAGCUUCAAUGCGUUCAAUUCAAGCUAUGGUUCUCAUUACAUAUUUCCUCAUCAAUGACAAUCAUGCUUCUGAUGGCUGGGCCUUUGCUGGUAUACUAAUCCGACAGUCUUACGCUAUGGGUCUUCAUCGUGAUCCCAAUAUCGUCACCCCAAAUGCCUCUAUCUUUGACAAGCAACAACGUCGGAAACUUUGGCAAGCAGUUCUUCUUCAAGAUACCUUUCUUACCGUCCUCCUUUCUCUCCCCCCAAGUGCAACACACACAGACGUCAACGUAGAUGACCUCAUCGAUGAUUACAGCUCCAUCGCUAAUAGCGAUCCGAACGAUAUGGCUUAUAUCCGUGGAUGCUGGGCUCUUGCCAAUCUCGUCCAAGAAAGCAUUUGUUCUCCGCGCUCCCUGGACCUUCCGAUAUGUGCCGGCGCCCGUCAAAAACAUAAACUCCUCUCCGAAUUCCGUGCCGUUUAUCGAUCCUUUCCCGAUGUCUUUCGCUCCUGGGACCACGAUUCUAUUGCCCUACAAGCACAAACUAAUAAACGACUUGUACGACAAACUCUUUUUCUCACCAGUAAUUAUUUCCAUAAUGUAAUGUUACUUCACGCAAGCGAAAGUCCUGAAGUCCCACCACAUAUUCGAGGAACUUUAGAUGCGGCUCAUGAAGCUAUCAAAGCUUUCUUUCUCCUCUACGAACUCUUCGAGAGUGAAAGUAAAGUUUGGUGGGUCUUUAAUCAUCGAGCAUUUUUGGAAUGUAUGAUGAUUGGAAAUAUGUUGCAAGAUGUUGCAAAGGAUGAAGAUGGAGCGGAGAAAUUAGCGAAGGAUCCAUUGUUUGUGAGAGCUAAGGGGGAUAUUGGUAUGUUUUCUUUCUUUCUUUUCUAUCUAUCUGGCAUUUUUCUACCUGGUUCUGUUCUUUUUGGAUGUACUGUGCUAAUAAAUCCCGGGGAUUAUAGUACGAAUGAUUGAAAUAAUGACCAAAGUAGGCGAAGGAGAAAAUGGAUCACAGGUAGCAAGGACGAGGGUCCAGGUUUUAAGUGAUUAUGUAUGAGGUAUUCCUAGUUGUGAAGUACCUAAUUCAUUUGGAGAUAAAAGAUGAGAGAGAUGCGUCGGAGAGGAGGAAGGGAUUACGACAAGGAAAAAAUCUUGUAAUUGGGUAAUUGUGUAUGGAUAGGAUAGGGUAGGAUACAUUAUUGAUAGAAUAGGAUAGGAUAUAAUAGGAAUACGAAUAGGGAAAUAUAGAAUAGCAAAAGGAAUA